AUGCGUUCAGCAACCAAGUUUCGCAUCCCGCCAAUCAGUUCCUCCAUAUCCCCAAGAUUUCAACCCAAGAUCCUCACCACCUUCCGCAGCAGACCACCACCAAUUUCCAAUUUCUCGCCAUCGGGUUCUACCUCACCUUUAAGAUCACUGAAUCGAGCAUUCUCAUCAACAAAUCUGCAGAGGAAAGACUAUGCAGACCUCGCAAAGGAACUGCACCAAAAAAGCGGAGACAAACACGAAGAUGAAUUCAAUUCCCAAAUCGACGACGCAAUCGGCCAAGCGAAGGAGCUGCAGACCAGAACACCAUGGCACAGAGAAGGAAGCGAUAAGCCACCUGUCAAGCGUAUGAGGAGUGCGGGUGCUAUGACAAAGGGCAAACUCCUCACAACCCCCUCCCGCCUCCUAAAACUAAUCCUCCCCCUGACAACCCUCGACAAAAACGCGGACCGAAAAUCCAUCGAACCCCUCGCCCUCCUCGUCCACCCCCAACAACCACUCUCCUACCUAGAACGCCUAAUCCAAUCUGAACUCCCUAUGAUAAAGGCCAAAGACGGUAGUGAAAAAGUCCCCGCUGUGCAUUUCCGCGCGGAGGACUCGGCGCAGGACGAGAUUAAGUCUGCGGAAGAGGGAGAGAUGGAUGAGAUGGAAGAGGAGGGGCUGAAGCAGAUGCAAGAGGAGGGCAGUGAGGAGACGAUGGUUGAUGGGAAGUUGAUUAACUAUAGUGGGAAAGGAAGAGAAAGAUCAUCUUCUUCUGGACCACAGAAAUUCGUCCGUUGGUCUAGCUCUACCGAGAUAGGGGAUUUUAUCCGUGACGCGGCACGAGGAAAGGAGUUCGCGGUCGAGAUCGAGGGCUCGUCAUCCGAGAUCAGAGUAGGAGUUCCGAGCUUCAACGACAGGACGCACUACCUGCGCGUCCGGCUACGAAAAACCAGCGGGAAACUUGCCAAUCUUGCGAGCGUAAAGAAAGAGUGUGAUGAGCUCGCUCACCGCAGUGCACAGAGACUGGCGAUGGGCGGUUUCGCGGUGUUGGUCAGCUGGUGGGCAGCGAUUUACCACUUUACGUUCCAGACGAGCUAUGGCUGGGAUACCAUGGAGCCGAUUACGUACCUCGCUGGCUUGUCAACAAUCAUGCUUGGUUACUUGUGGUUUCUGUACCAUAAUCGCGAAGUUUCGUAUCGUGCGGCGCUGAAUUUGACAGUGUCAAGGAGGCAGAGCCAUUUGUAUGAAGUCAAGGGCUUUGAUGUGCAGAAGUGGGACCAGUUGAUUGAAGAGGCGAAUGCGUUGAGGAAGGAGAUCAAGCAGGUGGCGCAAGAGUAUGACGUUGAGUGGGAUGAGCGGAAGGAUGAGGGGAGUGAGGAAGUACAUGAUGCGUUGAAGAAGGAGAGGAAAACCAGUAGGAAGAAAGAUGAUGAUGACGACGACGAUGGGGAGGGGAAGGAGAAGAAACCCAAGAAGGAAUAA